AUGGACCACCAAAUGUGUUUGAAGCUUCUUUAUAAUGUGUUCUUUGUGCUUCUUAUAUUCCACAAGAAGCCUGGUGGUGCUCCAGGAUUCGUUACAGGGGUUGGAGGGGUGAAAAUCAAGUGCAUAGAGAGGGAGAGACAAGCACUGCUCAAUUUCAAACAAACAGCUAUAGAUAAGGAUGGUGUUCUUUCUUCUUGGAGCACUAGCGAUUGUUGCCUCUGGAGAGGAGUUGGUUGCAGCAACAGGACUGGCCAUGUCACUGUUCUCGAUCUUCAAGCUCAAUAUAGUGAUCGCUUGUAUCUGAGAGGUAACAUCAGCAAUUCAUUACUUGAGUUGCGACAUCUAAAUUACUUGGAUCUUGCUUGGGAACCUCUCAAAAUUGCACACUCUUGA